UUCAGAGGCGUUUCCAGGAAGAGAUUCUUUACAUGUUGCUGUAAUGGCGGACCAGGCAGAGAGCGACAGUAUUGGGUUCAACGACAACAGGAUGGCGCAGCAGGCGUCCCGGUUCCGCAGCCCCACUCCUCCUGCUGCUGCCCCUGCUCAGACUCCUGUGUUACGUGGUCCUCCUCCACUUCUGAGACCUCCGCCUCCAUUUGGAAUGAUGAGAGGACCCCCACCACGAGCUCCUUUUACCAGACCUCCCUUUGAUCCAAACAUGCCCCCCAUCCCUCCUCCAGGGGGCUUGCCUCCACCUAUAACACCUCCACACAUACAGCAACAGAGACCUCCAUUUCUUCCUCCUCCCAUGGGGAAUAUGCCACCUCCUCCUGGAAUGGUUUUUCCUCCUGGGAUGCCCCCUGGACCUUCUGCUGGGACUCCAGCACUUAACCCAAAUGAGGAGAUUUGGGUGGAGAACAAAACGCCAGAGGGAAAGGCUUAUUUCUACAAUGCCAGGACCAGAGAGUCAUCCUGGACCAAACCUGAGGGUGUUAAGAUUAUUCAACAGUCUGAACUGAACCCCCUCCUUGCGGGUGGGGCGGGUGCAGUGGGAGGAGGUGCAGCAGCGACCCCAGGGCCCAGCACGACUUCAAACGGUGCAAAUGGUGCCACAGUAAGCACCUCCAGCCCCACCCCCGUCCAGACUUCCAUCCCCUCCAACACACUCACCUCCAGCCCUGACUCUACAACCACCACCUCUUCCCCAUCAGUGGCCAUCGCAGCGCCUGUUGUGACUGAAAUGCCGCCUGUUGCUACAGUCACCUCCACUGUUGCCUUGUCUCCGGUCACUGUGGUCACAGUCUCCACAGUGCCGUCGCCUGUCACCGCGGUGCAGACUGUGCCUCUGCUGCCUACAGCCCUGCCUCACAGCGUGGCCCAGCCAACUGCUGCCAUCUCAGCCGCCAUUCCCGCCUUCCCUCCGGUUAUGGUACCGCCCUUCAGAGUGCCCCUGCCCAGCAUGCACAUCCCUCUGCCAGGCAUGCUCCCUGGUAUGGCUCCUCCGCUGGUGCCCAUGAUGCAUCCUCAGCUGGCUCUUUCUGCAGCCCCUGCCUCCCUCACAGGGGCCCUGCAACUCCCUGAGUGGACAGAAUACAAAACUGCGGACGGAAAAACCUAUUACUACAACAACAGGACACUGGAGUCGACCUGGGAGAAACCUCAGGCUGUUUUGGAAAAGGAAAAAGAGGCUGAAAAACUGGCGAUGCGUUUGGCCCAGGAGGAGGCAGAGGCGAUGGAGAUGGAGGACGAGGAGCAGAGGAUGGAAAAUGCCCUGAUGAUGAAAGAGGCUAAAGAAGAGGAGAUGACUGAGGAGGAAAAGGCAGCUCAGAAAGCAAGACCCGUGGCCACUAACCCGAUCCCAGGAACACCGUGGUGUGUGGUGUGGACCGGAGAUGACCGGGUUUUCUUCUAUAAUCCCACAACGCGCCUCUCCAUGUGGGACCGUCCGGAGGAGCUGAUUGGACGUGCUGAUGUGGACAAGCACAUUCAAGAGCCACCGCACAAGAAGGGUCAGGAGGACAGCAAAAAAAGUAUCAAUAAAGACGACAUGGAUAUUGGUGUUGCUACUGAUGAUCUGGAUGAAGAGCCGACCAAAGCCAAAAAGAGAAAGAAGGAGGACUCCAAGGAAGCGGACUCCGAAAAGGAUGCCGCGAUGGAGGCAGAGUUGAAAGCUGCCAGAGAGAGAGCGGUAGUGCCCCUAGAGGCCCGGAUGACACAGUUCAAAGACAUGCUGCUUGAGAGAGGCGUGUCAGCUUUUUCCACCUGGGACAAAGAGCUCCAUAAAAUAGUUUUUGAUCCUCGUUAUCUUCUGCUGAACCCUAAAGAAAGGAAACAGGUUUUCGACUCGUAUGUGAAGACAAGAGCCGAGGAGGAGAGAAAGGAGAAGAAAAACAAACUAAUGCAAGCAAAGGAUGAAUUUAGGAAGAUGAUGGAGGAGUCAAAGCUCACCGCAAGGACAACAUUUAGUGAAUUUGCCCUGAAGCACAGCCGGGACUCAAGGUUCAAGGCCAUUGAAAAGAUGAAGGACAGAGAGGCCAUCUUUGUUGAGUUUAUGACCGCAAUGAGGAAAAAGGAGAAGGAGGACUCUAAAAACAGGGGAGAAAAGGUCAAGCAAGACUUUUUUGAUCUUUUGAGUGAGCACCACAUUGAGGGAAAUCAAAGGUGGAGUAAAGUGAAGGAUAAAAUGGAGACAGACCCUCGAUAUAAGGCUGUGGAAAGUUCAGCCCUGAGAGAGGAACUGUUCAAACAAUAUGUGGAGAAACAAGCCAAGAAUGUGGAUAUCGAUAAGGAGCGGGAGAUGGAGCGGCAAGCGCGGAUCGAGGCCAGUCUGAGAGAGCGUGAGAGAGAAGUCCAAAAGGCCCGAUCUGAGCAGACCAAAGAGAUCGACCGGGAACGGGAACAGCACAAAAAGGAGGAGGCCAUCCAGAACUUCAAAGCCCUCAUGUCCGAUAUGGUGCGUUCAUCAGAUGCGACGUGGUCUGACACUCGGCGUAAUCUGAGGAAGGACCACCGCUGGGAGUCUGCAUCACUGCUGGAGCGAGAAGAGAAAGAGAAACUGUUCAAUGAGCAUGUGGAAGCUCUGGCCAAAAAGAAGAAGACUCAGUUCAGGCAGCUCCUGGACGAGACCAACAUGAUAACGCUGACAACCACGUGGAAGGAGGUGAAGAAGGUGAUCAAGGAAGACCCUCGCUGCAUUAAGUUCUCCUCGAGUGACAGAAAAAGGCAGCGAGAAUUUGAGGAGUACAUCAAAGACAAGUACAUAACAGCCAAAGCUGACUUCAGGACGCUUUUAAAGGAGACAAAAUUCAUCACUUACAGGUCGAGAAAGUUGAUCCAGGAGUCUGAGCAGCACCUGAAGGACGUGGAGAAGAUCCUUCAGAAUGACAAGCGCUAUGACGUGCUGCAGUGUGUCCCAGACGAGCGCCGAAAACUCAUCAUGUUUUAUAUCGAGGACCUGGACAGACGUGGGCCACCUCCUCCUCCCACUGCCUCCGAACCCACCAGGCGUCCUACAAAGUGAACACCAGACUGUAGCAGCUUCAUGACCAAUGUCCCUCCCCCUCUACAGAAUUCCCCGUUUUUGGCCAGAGCAUGACCUGACCUUUUUUCUCCCUGGCCUUCACAGUGUUAUCAAAAUUGAGGGUUGUUUUGCUUAGGGAUACACCAUAGAGAUUAACAAUGUCUAUGUUGCGUCAAGUGUAGUCCUGAUUUAUCCCCCAGAACAGCAUGGGGCAGUGGUGACCUAAAAAUUUACAAUGACCCUUCCCUCCUUAGACAUGAGAGGGACACGAGAAGAUAAAAGCUGCAAUUUGGCGGCGACCUAAGUGUAAAAUAGCAGAUGUAAAUGGAUGACAGGAUUGCAUUUUGUAUGUGAGAUUUUGAGUGUUACGUUAAAUGGAUGCGGGUGUGAGUGCGAGGCGUCUUAAUGCCUUACAUCUCCACUGGGCCCGUUCUUGUUUCAGACGCUCAGUGCGAAUGUUAUUAGUUUAUUCUCAGUGGUUCUCUCUGAUGUUGCAGCUGUUGAACGAAAUAAAGGCAACUUCCACUGUUUUUUUCA